CUUAAAAUUAUUGUAAUUUUAAUUGCAAGCGAUUUAUAUAAAAAACUUAUUAUUAUUAUUUGAUUUAGUCAGUUAGCGGUCAACUUUAUUUUGUUCAAUAUGAUGAUUGAGGUAGUCAAGUUGUUUGUUGUGGUGAUAGUUACGGUUAAGUUCACGGAAGCUUGUAAUGGUUACCACAUUAAGAUUAACCGCAUCGAAACUUGCAUUGAUAAUAGUAUAAUUCAACCAAAAAAUAUCGCCGUUAAUCUUGACAAAGAUUGUAACAUCGUUUAUGGAGGAUGUCUGGAGUUUACAAAACCUGUAAAAACUAUGAUGGCAACAUAUGAAAUUAGUAAAGCACCAUUGCCACUAAUAACUGGUGACCUUGACAUGUGUCAAUUAGCAGGUACUAUAAAAAUGCCUCAGCUACUUCAAAUUGUAAACGGAUUUGGAUUUCCCAAAAAGUGUCCCAUAGCAGCGAAAAAAUUCUGCGCCACCGGAAAUAAAAGUAUAAGCAUUGCAAAAUUUAAAAAUCAACUCAGUAUGGCAGCAGGAUUAACCGAGUUGAAAUUGAACAUCGAUCACGAUAAUGGAAAAUCGUGUGUAGCAGUGAGUUUAACAGUUUCAAAAAGAUAGUAAAACUUGUGAAAUAAUGAUUCGAGGUCUAAAAUAAAAUAAUUUUAUAUGUUGGAUGUUUUAUUUAAUUUUUUAUUUGUCUAAACAUUGUUUAAACAAAUCUGUCACAAAUUGUACAAUAUAAAUCACAGUGGUAAAAGAACCUAACAACUAGGUAUGAUGUAAAACUAUUCUAUGUUAGCACAGCCUUAUUGACAGUUUGUAGAAUAAAUCCGUAGUUAAAAAUCAAUCAAUAAUUAAGAUGUGUUUGCGAAAAUUAUUCGAUUUUUAUAAAAAUACUAAUUUAUAUUUUUGAUCGUCACUUUGUAAUAAAAUUAAAGGCUAAUAAAGGUCCUUAUUUCUUAAAAUAUUUACAAAAUUAAAAUUAGAACGAUAAACAACUUUAAUUUAAUAAAGAAGUUCCGAUGAUAUGUGGUACUCUGUAUGUUUAUAAUGAGCUUGGAAAUGUCAUUUAGAUUGUUUUUUUUUUAUAGAAAGAGGCGUCAUCUAACUUUAAUUUAGUUGGAUUAUCUAGCAUUUAACACAUUCAUUGCUGGCGCGUUUUUUAUUGCAAUUUACUCGGGUUCCGAGGCUAGUUUCAUAUAAGUUCAAAGUUUUCAUUUUUUGGGCCAUGAUGCGCAAGAAAUGAAUUUCCACGGAAGAGAUUUUCAAAUAUUCAUCACCUCUACAAUGAAAAUCUCGAAAAAACUCGAAAAUCUGUCUCAGUUAGUAAUUGUUCCGAAAUAUUUCUCGAUCAUAUUGACCGAGACGGCGCGCCGCGGCAGUUAACGUGUUAAUCCUAUAAGUUCGAUAAUACUAAUCGUAUCGACUUGAAAUUAAUCCCAUUGUCCUUGUAAAAUUAAGUUGCAAUUAUUGUUGAUAAAAAAGUAAUAUACUUUUGUUCAAUUUUCCAAGCCCAUUAUACUAUUAUUUAAUAUCUUCAAUAUUUGAGACAUUUUCACCAUUAAAUUGGUGAAAAAUCAAAAUUUGCUAAAAUUAUUCCUAAUCUUUGUUUUCAACCUCACUUAUUCUAUUUAAAUUCAUAUUUGUUUCUGCUACAACAGAUUUGUUGUUGUCAUUUAUAUUAAUAGUGCUAGUUUUAAUUUCAAUUUCAUCGCUUUUGAGAGAAUGAACGCUUAAAUACUUUUGCGAUUCAAUAUAUGAAGGUGGAUCAAUGUUAUCUAUAGUGCCAUUUGCUGUCUCUGCCUCGUCAUUUUUCUGCACUUUAUUAUAGCUUUCUAAGUUUUGAAGAUUACUGGAAACACUGGAUGAGAGUUCUUCGUUGGUAAUUUUUACAGAGUUUACAGCUGUCACUUGGUUGCCAGUUAAAAUUUCUUUUGAAGAUGUCUUAGUUAUAUUUGAAACCUAAAAAUAAAUUAAAUU